ACUCCCAUCCCUCUCCCUCUCUCCCCCUCUCAACCUCUCCCUCUCCUUUCCCUCUCCCUCUCCCUCACCGGCCAGGGAGAGCCAGGGAGAGCAGUCACCUACGGGAGUGCAAGGGAGGUGCACACGCCCCCCUCUGGAGUGGAGUUGUGUGGUGUGUGUUGUGUGGUGGAGUGUGACCGGGCGAGUCACCAAGCCAGCUUUGCCCAGUGUGAGUGUGCACCGCUUGCCCUUGCCUGCCUCACCAGGAUGGAGUGCGCCAGGCUUGUGGAGGGGGAGGGGGAGGGAGAGGGUGAAGGUGGGGAAGAGAGGCAAGGUGUAGGAGAGGCAGUGAAGGAGGAGAAGGAAGAAGAUAAAGAGAGAAACACGGAAAGCAAGGAGCGCGUCAGAAAGGAAUCGAAAUUUUGCUACCACACAUUCGGCGCGGGAAUGGACCAGUUCCACCUCCCCAUGAGGCACCAAGAAAACGAGGCGGCGCGAGGCUCCACAGAAAAUGAAUCUCCGCGGGAAGAUUUGAGGAGCAACUUUGGCAAUCUUGAGGCGCGCGCCUCCAUCAAACGCCUGGAGUUCAAACACACCAGGAAGAACCGCCGCUCUCUGCUCUACAUAGACGACACCCCAGACAGCCUGCUGGACGAAGACGCCCCGACCUUCUCCCCGCAGUCCGUGGGCAGGCUGGUGGGCGGCUCCCUCCUCCUCGCCAGGCCCGGCCUGGGAGGACCAGCGCCAGGAGGAGGAGGAACAGGGGUUGUAGGAGUGGUGGGAGGGAAGGAGGAUAAGGAGGAGGGCGAGCUGGCGGUGCCCCGAGAUGGCAAGUCCCGCAGGAGGUACAGAAGUCGCUCCCUCUCCCAGUCUUCCACCGACUCUUACUCCACCUAUUCCUCCUACACAGGCUCCAGUAGUGAGGAGGAUGAAAUCUCGCCGAGGGAAAAGUCUCAGCGUAACUCUAAAGGCUCGACUGAUUUCUGUGUCAAGAACAUCUCUCAGUCCGCCUUCGGUCGCCGCGAGAUUGAGAUAGCAGAGCAAGAGAUGCCGGGAAUCGUCGCCUUGCGGAAGAGAGCUGCUGACGACAAGCCGCUGAAGGGAGCCAAGAUCGUGGGCUGCACUCACAUCAACGCCCAAACAGCGGUGCUGAUCGAGACCCUGGUGGAGCUUGGUGCCAGCGUGCGGUGGGCGGCGUGCAACAUCUUCUCCACGCAGAAUGAGGUGGCGGCGGCGCUGGCGGAGGCUGGCCAGCCGGUGUUUGCGUGGCGAGGAGAGAGCGAGGAGGACUUUUGGUGGUGCAUUGACCGCUGCAUCAACACCGAGAACUGGCAGCCCAACAUGAUCUUGGACGACGGAGGAGACACCACCCACCUCAUGCUGAAGAAGUAUCCGGCCAUGUUCAAGAUGAUUAAGGGCAUCUGUGAGGAGAGUGUGACAGGGGUGCACCGCCUCUACCAAUUGAGCAAGGCUGGCAAGCUGACCGUGCCCGCCAUGAACGUUAACGAUUCUGUCACCAAGACCAUGUUUGACAACCUCUACUCCUGCCGCGAGUCCAUCAUUGACAGUUUGAAGCGUGCCACCGACGUCAUGUUUGGCGGAAAGCAAGUGGUGGUGUGCGGGUAUGGCGAGGUGGGAAAGGGGUGCUGCCAGGCCCUCAAGGGACUGGGCUGCACUGUCUACGUCACUGAGAUUGACCCUGUCUGUGCCCUGCAGGCCUGCAUGGACGGCUUCCGGGUGAUGAAGCUGUCCGAGGUGAUUCGGCAGGUGGACAUCCUGGUGACAGCAACAGGGAACAAGAAUGUGGUGACUAGGGACCACAUGGACAAGAUGAAGAACGGCACCAUUGUCUGCAACAUGGGCCACUCCAACACCGAGAUUGACGUGGAAUCUCUCAACACACCAGAACUGCAACACCAGAAGCUGAAGAUGACUAAAAAUUCCCUGCGAACCCCUGACCUGACUUGGGAGAAGGUACGCUCCCAGGUGGAUCAUGUGCUGUGGCCUGACGGCAAGCGGAUCAUCCUGCUGGCGGAAGGACGGCUGGUCAAUCUGUCCUGCUCCUCAGUGCCCUCCUUUGUAGUGUCCAUCACAUCCUGCACCCAGGCACUGGCCCUCAUUGAGCUGUUCAACGCCCCUGCUGGCCGCUACAAGUCUGACGUCUACUUGCUGCCCAAGAAGAUGGAUGAGUAUGUGGCCAGCCUUCACCUGCCCACUUUCGAUGCUCACCUGACUGAACUCAGUGAUGAACAGGCGAAGUACAUGGGGCUUAACAAGGCUGGACCUUUCAAGCCUAACUAUUACAGGUAUUGAUUGAGCCUUGAGCUGUGCAAAUGAAGAGGAGGAGUAGGAGAUGACAUUGGAGGAGAAGAAAGAAGAGGAGACAGAAAAUGAGGAAGGAAGGAGGGGAGGCUAAAAAAAAAAAUCAAAGAAGAGGAGAAGAAUGAAGAGAUAAAUUAAAUGAAGGAAAGAAGAAAGUAGACUACACACAGAGAAGCAGCUAUGAGACAAAACACUUCUCUCCUUCCCUCUCUCAGAAUCUCUCUCCAUACUCAAAAAAGAAAAAAAGAACAAAAAGAAAAACUAAAAAAAAUUAAGAGUAUAUAGUUGUACAUAAUAUCCUUGGGAAAUGGCAUGGGAGUUGUUUGUUAGAGAGUAUUACUCAUAAUACAUUAUAUUUUUGUCUGUGCCUCACCUCAGCUCAUGUCUGGAAGAGUGACGCCAUCUUGGCUGGCACUGUGCCUGGCCCUGUGGCGGCAGUGCCACUCCAUCCCGGCCUGGCCCUGCAGUGGCAGUGCCACGUCAUCCUGGCUGGCUGCCAUGCCUGGCCCUACAUCAUCCUGGUCAGCCGCCAUACCUGGCCCUGUGGCGGCAAUGCCGCACCAUUCUGGCCGGCCACCAUGCCUAGCCUUACGUUGGCAGUGCCGCGCCACAAGUCUUUUUCUGGAGAAGGGUCAGGGAACAAGUUGACUUAAUUAGUAGAUCAAUUUCCCAGAAUUCUUUAAUUGCUAAGAAUUUCUUGACCGUGAUAGUUCACGUCACUCUAGCUGGCUGUCUGAAUGAUAUGUAGUUUUUCUGUAAUUAAUUGGAAAUGUUGCUUAUUAUUAAUACUAUCAACAUUAGGUUAUUUCCAGCAGGCCAGCAAAAGAUGUAAAGAUUCAAAAGGCAUAUGUAUGUGUUCUUUAUUUUUUUCCUUUUUCCAAAUUGAAUUUAUUACCACUAAGAUAGUUUUUUACCAAAUCAGAUAGAAGUAUAUUUUUCUUUCCCAAAUCUGAGACUGUAAUCAUUGAUGCCACACACACUGGCAGGUGCACUCUGGCACUGUGGGCUGGUGCACCCAGCAAACUGGGUUGAUGAAGCUUGGCACUAUUGGCUGGGAUGCCCAGUAUACAUAGUGGAUUGAUACAACUUGGCACUGUGGACUGGUGCACCCUGGCACUGUGUGGCUCCAACACCUCAAAAGAGAUAUGCGCUAUAUACUAUAUUUUUUAUGCACAUGGCUGGGGCAUGUAGCAGGUGAGGGGCCAGUGCCUGGCUGCUGUGAUAAACUGAGCUGUGUGGCUCCAUUGGAGACAAAUUUUUCCUAGCAAUAACAAGACAAAUUUAGGCAGGAAUGGGUCAAGUCAGCUCAGUUCCAGCCAGCAGCAGCAACAGCAGCAGCAGCAGGAGUGGUGGUGGUGGGAGUCAGUCAGCCUGUCAAUGGACCUUAAGCUUCUGCCAACUGGUGUUGUCCACUGUUCAUGCCGUCUCAGUUAACAUGACAGAUCAAAGCACUCCAUCACCACUGCUGCCAUUGCUGCCAUGGCCAGACUCCACCCCCAUCCUGUUUUCAGUGUAAUCGGCUGUUACUGUUAUAUAUAUGAAUAGGAAGUUAUAUAAUUAGUGUUGAGCAAACAGGCCGCUCGUUCUCUGCGUUGAGUGAAUGUGACACCAGAGGGGAACACAGCUCAAUAGAUUACCUUUCCUCCCCUCGACUCCUUUGUGCCGAGGGGAAUGACAAUUUUUGGUUCGCCCAAUGCUUUGGACAGACCCAUCUGGUCUCUCCUUGUGUCAGAGCCUGGCAUGCCACCAGAGCAGACAUUGUUGACUCGACAGAUGUGUGAGUGAAGCAACGCAGGGCACGGCAUUGGCUAUUGCCACAGUAGUUUGUUUGCCAAACCGUUGGACGUCUCGGCCUCUAUGACUAAUAAUAAUAAUAAUAAUAAUAAUACAUCACUUGAAUAGCCCUAGUUUUCUAGUGUAUAAAUGCAGUGCUUUUACUCAAGAGUUGGCAGCGACCCCCCAGUGGGUUGCUGGCCACUAGCUAGCAACGUUCGGCCGCUAGGCAAGACCGGCUGUAGCAAAUACUACACUAAGUUCACCCCGGCAAAGUUGCCUCUGUGCUGAUGUCACUUUCCAGGAAGCAGCAAGUGAUGUACACUUUGAAGAGAAGCAUUUCAGUUCCCCUCUUAAAUCAUUAUCUCUUCACUUCGCUUUUCUCCACAACACUUCUGUCUCUCAAUAUCCUUUUACUCCAUUACUCUCCUCACUCUUAAUUUCUCUCUCCUUCAUAACAUUCCUAUCUCUCAGUUUCUUAAUUUCUCUCUCCUUCAUAACAUUCCUAUCUCUCAGUUUCCAAGUGUUGUAGGUUGUUCUGAACCAGCUGUGUAUUUGAGGCAGGGAUGGACUCCCUUCUCACCACAAUGUGUGGGGAAGUGCCACCAAUGAAGCAUGAGGGGACCUCGCUGGGUGCAGACUUGCUGUAACCUUAUGUUAAGAUUGCUUUCUUUAUACAAAGCUUGUACAUGUUCAGUGAUGGAAUGGUUGCCAGUGCCAGGUGAAUGGGUGGCAGUACAGUCAUCGGAAAAUCCUUUUCCACCAAAUGCAAACAAUUAUUCUGGUGAUACAACCUGACUUUUGCUGACCUCACCUGAUCUCGAAACAGAUCAGUAAUUCCCAAUAUAAUUUUUGCUUUUGUCAGGCAGAAACGCAACAAUUCACACAUUUCCUCUUGAGUGCAGACUAUUUUUGUAUUUUUCAUUUUCUUGUAUAGGUUUUAAACAUUAAUUUUUGUGUUGUGAGGUCAGCAGCAGCAUUGGUAGUCUUAUGUUCUACACUAUGUACUUUUUUGGUGUCUACUUUAGUAUUAAUCUUUAAGAGUAUUCUGAUUUACACUAUUUAAAUAAGUUAUUUAGUUGGGAUAUAGAAUUAAUCAUGACCUCUGUUUCUUUCAGUCAAGAGAUAAAUUCCACAAUAUUGUCUCAGAAAAUAGUGUUAAUACAAUGGUCGCCUUGCCAUCAGUUGUGACGUCUGAAAGUUGGCUGUGAGGCAGUUGUUGCAUGCAGUAUUGUCAAAGUUACAGCCAUCAAAUGGUUAUCAUACAAAUACAAUGUUUCCUUCAAACCAUUUGUUAAAAUUUGAUCUAUUAAAAGCUGCGUGUAUUUAUUUUCAAAUACAAUGUUUCCUUCAAACCAUUUGUUAAAAUUUGAUCUGUUAAAAGCUGUGUAUUUAUUUUCUAUCUCUAUUUAUUCACUUUUAUUUGCCAUCAGGUAUUUCUACAAAGAACUGUAGAUUUCACGGCUUUGCUUUUAUUUUUAAUAAACUUAAUUUCAGUGUUUAUAUUACUGCAGUGGUAACUAUGAAUCUAUUAAUAAUGUCUGUUAUGAACUCUUUAUUUUAAUAUUAUAGUUUCUUUUAACCAUCAAUUCCAAUCAAUGACAUUUUUUAUGUUAAUCUUGCAUAGUAAAAAUUUUAUCCUUUAAA